GUCUGUGUGUACAUUGGUUGCCGUAACAACGAGGAGCGGAGUCGGUCGGCGAUGGCCUCAAACUUUAAGAAGGCAAACAUGACAUCAACUGCCCAGCGAAAAAGGAUGAGUCCUAAACCAGAGCUUACUGCAGAGCAGAUACAAGAAAUCCGGCAAGCUUUUGAUCUCUUCGAUGCUGAUGCAACUGGGACUAUUGAUGUUAAGGAACUUAAGGUGGCAAUGAGGGCACUGGGCUUCGAACCCAAGAAAGAAGAGAUUAAGAAAAUGAUAAGUGAAAUUGACAAGGAAGGGACAGGAAAAAUGAACUUCAAUGACUUUUUGACUGUGAUGACUCAGAAAAUGUCUGAAAAAGAUACCAAAGAAGAAAUCCUGAAAGCUUUCAAGCUCUUUGAUGAUGAUGAAACUGGGACAAUAUCUUUCAACAAUCUAAAACGUGUAGCCAAGGAGCUGGGCGAGAACCUCACUGAUGAGGAGCUGCAGGAAAUGAUUGAUGAAGCUGAUCGAGAUGGAGACGGAGAAGUCAAUGAACAAGAGUUCCUGCGCAUCAUGAAAAAGACUAGCCUUUAUUAAGAUUAUUCUCUUCUUUUCUACUGCAAGCACAUAUAACUAGAUUUAGUGCCUGCCAUUGUGUGAAACCUGUUUUUGAAACACAAACUGUUUUUCCCCACUGACCUCCCUAUAUAACUUUAGUAACAACCUCAAAUCUAUUUUUUGCGAGGUGACCAGCUGCUUACUUUAAUUCCCCAAAGCAGAACAAGAGCACAUUAGAGUAGAGAAAAGGGUCUUAAAGCUUUUACUCACUUGCCAUUCUACCUUGUAUCGCUUUACUCUUGUCAUGUAUUCCCACAUUUAUGCUACCACAGAAACACUUCUUAGACAAGCACAUGUUGUACCUGUUACCACAAGCAAAGGGCAUCUCUUUGAUGGUUCUGGUUUUAAUUGACAUCUAAGUACAGCUUUCUGUUUAAAAAAAGUCUAGUGGACUCAUUCACUUGCAUUUGGAUGUGCUUUUGCUAUUUGUUUUGUCUUAAAAUAAAGCCUUUCUGAUUUUGA